AUGGCGCGUAGUGGCACCUUUCUAUACCUACAAGCACUUGUGUCUUGUGUACUGUUCGCACUAGCCGCAUCUGAAUGUAAACUAAAGGAGCGGACAUUGAAGGAGGGAGAACAGUUUGAGAACUGUACACAGACCUGCAGGUGUGUGUACGGUAGUCUGAACUGUCAACGAAAACAGUGUCCUUCAACACAGGAGUUCCCCAUUAGCCGAUGUCUACAACAAAACACACGUGUACCUGAUGGUCAGUGUUGUUCUGCCCCCGUCUGCGAAAGAUGUGGUGCCAGCUUCUUCGGACCCGACUGCCGCGAGCGCUGUGGCGCAUGCGCGAGUGGAAGGUGUCACCCUAAAACCGGUGUUUGUAAAAGGGGCACACCUCUGUGUAAAUCUGGUUAUAUAGGAAACCAGUGUAAAGAAGCCUGUGGUGCGGGCACAUGGGGGCACGAGUGUCAACAGAACUGCAGUAAUAACUGUGUCCGGGGGAAUCAGGAGUGUGAUAAGAGGGACGGGACCUGCAUCGGUGGCUGCCUGCCCGGAUUUUAUGGGAGCCUCUGUGAGCCUGCCCAGUCCACAAUACAGCUGUCAACGGUUGUUGGAAUUGGAGUUGGCAUCGGGCUGUUUAUCCUGGUCAUUAUAGUGAUCUGUACAGUGAUCUGUCUGUACCGGCGAAGAGCCCGACAGGAUGCACUGUCAAAGAGAGACAGCUACCUCAGUCCUGUAGCCUUGAAUAAUACCAGUGUACCUAGUCGUAACUUCCUGGGUCAAACCGACGAUUACGAAAUGCCGAUAAACGUGCGCAAUGAAUCCAUCCCUGUGUACAGUUCUCCAUAUCCGCCGGUCUAUUGUUCUAUGGAUAUACAGGACACAGAAGACGAGCUGAUUUACGAGAUGAUGUUGCCAAGGACGAACUGGAAUGUGAGUCUGGCAGACAUGGAAGUGAGCAACACACUCAUGACUCAGGGUAACUUUGGAGAGACUCGGCUAGCUCUGUGGAAUCACAAUGUGGACAAAAGUCUCUGCACUCACGUGGGUCUCAAGCGUUUUCCAGGGAAUGGCUCAGACGAACGGAAGAACUUGAUAAACGGCCAGUUGGAGAAACUCAGGUCCCUAGAUCGUUGUAUUAAUGUCUUGGCCGUAUUAGGGGUUUCUACUGAUCCGAACACUGGGGACAGUUUGCUGAUUUUGGAGUGUAGUGAGAGAGGGUCUCUGCUGACCUACCUCAAACAAAACCGAUUUGAAAGUUCUAAAAAAGAAGAACUGACAGAGAAAAGGCUGACCAAGCUGUGUCAGGACGUGGCUUACGGGAUGAAAUACAUCUCCUCAUACUCGAUUACGAACGUGGACCUGGCUGCAGACACGGUCCUUAUGGACAAGUUCCUGAACGCAAAGAUCACUGGAAUGGUGCAUUUUCAGGAAAAAGAUCAGACACAAGAUCAGGUGGUGGUACAGGCUUCUUACUCCCUGACUCUCUAUCCACCUAUCCAACUGUUUUCUGUUAUAGGUGGAGGUACAGUGUUCUUGUCCUCUCCAGGUAUUCUCACUAUUCCCUGUUACAGCUGGAGGUGGAGGUACGGGGUUCUGAUGUGGGAGGUGUUUAGUCUAGGAGAAACUCCAUACUCUGACAUCAGUGUCAAGGAUCUUCUUCAGAAAUUGGAGUCUGGCUGUAGGCUGGGCCAUCCUGCAGACACUCGUACCAUGACGUAA